AUGCCAGGCCUGGCCCUGGCGGGAGCUGAGCCAAGCCGCUGCCGCACCGCGGGACCGGAGGUUUUUUUGCCCACUCCGACACCACAGGGAGCCGAGCAGCCACGGGGGGAGCCGAGCAGCUGCGGGGGGAGCGACCCGACCAGCAGUAGCUGCAGCGGAGUCAGCCUGCCGGUGCUUCUAGAGAAAGAGCAGGACCACACUGCCUCAUCUGAGAUGCCAUGCCAGACUCAGGGAGAGCUGUUCCCUGCCCGAGGGCAGGAAGAGCAGCUCAGGCAGCAGGUGGAAGAGCCACAGGAGAAUGGCCAGAACAUCAAGGCAGAGCCACAAGCAGAGCUGCCCAAAGCUCAGAGUGACAUCAUGGCAGUGAAGAGAAAGAACAAGGAAGACAUGGGAAGAAUUCAAGAGGAGAAUCUCCAUCAGCAGAGGGAGAACAUGAAGGAACAGCUGGAUGCAGAGCUUCAGACAGCUCACAGUAUGAUCAAGGCAAGGCAUAAGCGGCUGGAGGAAGAAAUGAAAAUCUUCAGAGAGAAACUUAAUCGCUUCCGUCAGUCUCUGCAAAACCAAGUGCAAGUGUUGACAUCUCACCAGGCAGCCUGCGAAGACUUCCAGCCAAUGUCUGGCAAUGAAGGACCCCAAGUUAGGAGUGAGGCACAGGAGCAGUGCCCACCAGAAAUGCUCCAGGUCCAGCACAUCAUGGGCUCUGAACCUGCUGCUGCAGCAGCAUCACCUCGAGGAAGCCCUUCUGUGAAACCUGGGAACUCAGGCUCGGGCAGAUCCUGGGAACAGGAGACUGAGGAGAAGCACCUGGAGCUGCUGGGGAGAAUGGUGAAUCCCACUGAAAAUCCCCUGAUGAAAUACACGCAUCUGAAAUAUCUUGGCAGCGGCUACCUUCUGGGCAAGGAACUCUUGCUGGUUAUAGAGUACAUGGAUGGAGGUGUCCUGAGCAAUAUUGUCAGCCAGACCUGCCUGUCUGAAGAUGAGACAGCAGCCAUCAGUCGGGAGUGCCUGCAAGGACUGGAUUUUCUUCAUUCAAACGAUGUGAUCCAUCGAGACGUGAAGAGCAACAACAUCCUUCUCAGAACCGACGGUUCUGUCAAGCUGGCUGAUUUUGGCCUCGCUACUCAGCUCACCCCUGAGCAGAGCAGACGCUGCUCGCUAACCGGGACUCCUUGGUGGAUGGCACCUGAAGUGGUGACAGGUCAACCAUAUGGCCCCAAAGUGGACAUAUGGUCUUUUGGAAUUGUGGGAAUUGAAAUGAUAGAACAAGAACCUCCUUACUUGAGUGAAAGUUCUGGCACGGCUACACACCUGAUAGCCACAGUAGGGACUCCACAGCUGCGGCAGCCCAAGCUCCUCUCGGCUUUGCUGCGUGACUUCCUGAGCUGCUGCCUGCAGACAGACGAGGAGCGGCGCUGGUCUGCCAAGGAGCUCCUGCAGCAUCCAUUUGUAACUUCAGCCAAGCCACCAUUCAUCCUGGCACAACUCAUCAACUCUGUGAAGAAGACUAAUAACCCUAACCCUAAACCUAAACCCUAACCCUAACCUUAAAUGCUAACCCAAACUCAAACCCUAACCCUGUCCCUAUC